AUGUCCACUCCAGAAUACUUCCUCGUCGCCGGCGCCACAGGCCGACAAGGUGGUUCCACAGUCAACGCCCUCCUCACCCAUCCCACCAUCAAGAUCCAACCCAAGCAAGUCUACGCCCUCACCCGUCAAGCCUCUGGCCCUGGAGCAGCCAAGCUCCGCCAGAAGUACGGCGACAUCAACAUCAUCGGCGGCGACCUGAACGAUCCCGACGCCAUCUUCCAGCAAAUCGACAAGGCCAUCCUCCCCAGGACAGGAGUCUACCUCGCUCAGGCCCACGGUCCGACAGAAGUCACUGACGCAAAGGGUCUUAUUGAUACCGCUGCUCGUAAUGGUGUUUCCUACUUCGUCUACUCUUCGGUCGAUCGUGGUGGUCGUGAGAUCAGCGACAAGGAUCCUUCGUACUGCAAGACUUUUUCGGAUAAGUUCCUCAUCGAAAAGCAUCUCAUCAAUAUCUGCAACAACAGCAAGAUGGACUACACCAUUCUUCGUCCCACCUGGUUCGCCGACAAUGCCUUCUGGGGUUUCCCCGGCCAGCUCUGCAUGACGGGCUGGAGGGAGAAUAUGAGGGGAAAGAAGAUGCAAGUCACCGUGACAAAAGACAUUGGCCGCUGGGCCUUUGAGGGUCUUGUCCAGCCCGACAGGACAGGAAUUCGCAACCAGGCUCUCUCCAUCGCCAGCGACAUGCUCAGCUUCAAGCAGGUCGAUGACAUCUUCAUCAAGCACACUGGCAAGGGCGUCCCCGUCACCUACGGCUUCCUCACCAGGUUUUUGAUCUGGAUGCUCAAGGAUCUGAGGACCAUGUUCGGCUUCAUUGACGAGAGGGCUUACGGUGCGGAUCUUCCCUGGUUGAAGGCUCAGCUAAAGCCUACUUCUUUUGAAGAAUGGGUCAAGACUGAAGUUGUCCCUGCACAGAAUGCGAAGGCUUAG